AUGGUCUCCAUCAAGUCUCUCGCCGCCGCCACCCUGGCCGCCGUCCCCACGGUUAUGGGCAAGAUCGAUAGCUUCACGGCCCCGGCCGAGGCCGCCGCUGGCAGCAACAUUACUGCGACCUUCCAGACUUCGAUUUACAUCCAGAACUGGGUCGAUUUUGGAGUCGUUUUGGCUUACAAAAGCCAGCCGACACCGUUUAUGACGACUCGAUUGGAACGCAAAUUGGAUAUUCACCUCUUAAGUACGUCUCUAUAUGGCAAAGAGGCUCUUGAAUACCCAUACACUUUCGACCUGGAUGUUGCUAUUCCAGAGGGUUUUGCAGCGGGCGAAUACGUUCUCCGAGCUGCGAUUCCUUAUCUGGUUGGUGCAUCCGGUACGAUUGACUGGAACAUCUUGGACAGCAACAUUACUAUAAGUGCUUGA